AUGAAGUACCGGGCAAGUCUGCUCGAGAACAUGGGCCUCCACGGCGGGUGCAUGGUGGACUUCGACGAGGGCCACGCGCGCCUUGCCCUCUCGCCCAACGUCGAACACUUCGUCGUCCAGCUCAAGCGGACCUACUCCAAGAUAGACAUCGUAUACCUGGUCUUCAGGUUCCUCUGCAGCCCCGCCGGGUCCAUCACCAACUCGAGGACCACCCUCCUGCCCUGCAUCGUCUUCGUCAACUCCAGGCACACCGCGCAGCGCAUCGCCCACCUGCUGUUCCUGAUGAUGAUCAAGGUUUACAAGGAGCUUCGGUACAGGAUAACGCUGGUGGCCCAGGGGCACGUCUUCCGGAGGCCGAACUUCGAGUCUGUCCCGGCCAUCUCCAACGAGUCCCUCGAGGAACACCCUGCAACGAUCGUCCUGGCAACUGAUAACUUCGCCCGUGGGCUCGACCUUCCUGCGGUUCGCUCGGUGGUCAACUUCGAGCUCCCAGAGUCGCUGGCCACCCUCACCCACCGCGUGGGAAGGUGCGCGCGCGGCCUGAACAGCGGGGUCGCCAUCUCAGUGCAGCGGAGCGAGGUCGAGUACAAGUUCGACACGCUGGUCAAUUUCGAUCCAAGCCGGGUCGUCUCCAUAGACGAGGAGAGCCUCUGCGACUACCGGAGCACAGAGGGGCCGCGGCUGUCCGACUUCUCCAUCGGGGACAGCGAUGUACUGGAGAUCUCACGGAGGUUCAGCGAGAACAUGGACAUCUACCUGACCACCCUCUACGACGGGGAGUUCGGGCGCUAG